AUGGAUGCUUGCUUUUUGUCUUCGAGUUCCUUGACAAAAACACUGCAACCUAUACCUUCCAUCAAGGCAAAAGUUCUUGGGCUUCCAAGGAAAAAUCUUCAUCAACUGCCCUGUAGAAAAGUCAACUUUCCCUCUUCAAGAAUAUGUUGCCAAUUGGGUUCACCAUCUCCUUCGUCAGGAGAUGAGGAAAAACCUUUUGUUGAUGCUGAUUGGCGAUCAUUUAGAGCAAGGCUAAUUGCUGGAGAACAAUCUUUAAGACAGGAACAAGAUGCUUCCUCAGCAACUGAUCCUGAUACUGUGACAAAUCAGCCUCAAACCAUCUCAAUCGGUGACAAGUGGGCACAUACCAUCCUUGAGCCUGAGAAAGGUUGCUUACUCAUUGCCACAGAAAAGCUCAACGGGGUGCACAUUUUCGAGCGGACAGUGGUCCUACUAUUAUCAACUGGUCCAGUUGGUCCAACUGGCAUAAUACUCAACCGGCCAUCGCUAAUGUCCAUUAAGGAAAUGAGAUCAACAGCACUAGACGUUGCAGGAACAUUCUCCGAUAGGCCGUUGUUCUUUGGAGGUCCCUUAGAAGAGGGAUUGUUCUUGGUAAGUCCCAACGGAGUGCCAGGCAGUGAUGGGGUUGGUAAUAGCGGGGUUUUUGAUGAGGUAAUGAAGGGGUUAUACUAUGGAACUAAAGAGAGUGUGGGUUGUGCUGCUGAAAUGGUGAAGAGAAAUGUGGUUGGAGUUGACAACUUUAGGUUCUUCGAUGGAUACUGUGGGUGGGAAAAAGAACAACUGAGAGAUGAGAUAGCAGCAGGUUACUGGACCGUUGCUGCUUGUAGUCCAGGCGUGAUUGGGCUGAGCAGUGUAGGCAGUGUUGGUCUGUGGGAGGAGAUUCUUGGGCUUAUGGGUCAUAAGAAGGUGCUGUGAUAUUGUUAUUUGCUGGUAUCAUUUGAACUCGUCAUUGGAACCGGAUAACAUUUCCAGGUACUUCUCUGCAGCUUAGUUCAAAGUUGAAAGGGCUGCAAGAAAUAAUCAUGCAAACCAAGGAGUUUAGGCCACUUGAUCUAGCAUAAAUCUCAAGCAUGCAUGUAUAAUACUGGCAACUAAUGACCUUGUUUCACAUCAACUCUGUAAUGUAAUGUUGGGUGUGUGUAUAAUGUAUACACUGUUAUUUUGA